AUGUCUGUAUCUCAGAUCAACAAGGCUCUGCCUACCCUUCCUGCCGGCUGGUCCGCCGACAAGGACUUCAAGGCUGUCGGCAAGCUCUCUGCUGCCGCUCGUCGCAACGUCGAGCCCGUCGGCCCUUACUUCCUGGCCCACGCCCGCAGACGUACCUUCUCCGAGGAUGACCGUAUCCGUGCCCAGGAGAACGUCAAGCAGGUCGAGGACGAGGAUGCUGGUUACAUCAGUGAGCCCGAGGACCCUGCCAUGCUUGCCCGCGAGGCCAAGGACUGGAAGGUGUGUGCCAUCGACUCCAAUUCUACAACCUCCGCAUCUAACAACCACACANNGAGCCAGGACCACUACGCCGUUCUCGGCAUAACAAAGUACCGCUGGAAGGCCACCGAGGAGCAAAUCAAGAAGGCCCACCGCAGAAAGGUCCUCAAGCACCACCCCGACAAGAGAGCCGCUGCCGGUGGUAACGAGGACGACAACUUCUUCAAGUGCAUCCAGAGAGCCCACGAGAUCCUCAGCGACCCCGUCAAGCGCCGUCAAUUCGACUCGGUCGAUGAGGCCGCCGAGGUCGAGCCCCCAACCAAGAAGCAGACUCAAAAGGGCAACUUCUACAAGCUCUGGAGCAACGUCUUCAAAGCCGAGGGCCGCUUCAGCAAGACUCAGCCCGUCCCCAAGCUCGGUGACGAGAACAGCACCCGCGAGCACGUCGAGAACUUCUACAACUUCUGGUACAACUUUGACUCAUGGAGAACUUUCGAGUACCUCGACGAGGAUGUCCCCGACGACAACGAGAACCGUGACCAGAAGCGCCACGUCGAGCGCAAGAACAACAACGCCCGCAAGAAGAGAAAGGCCGAGGACAACCAGCGUCUGCGCCAGAUGGUCGACGAGUGCCUCGGUCUCGACGAGCGCAUCAAGAAGUUCAAGAAGGAGGAGCACGCCCAGAAGAACAAGAAGAGACUCGAAAGAGAGGCCGAAGCCACCAGACUCGCCGAAGAGGCAGCAAAGGCCAAGGAAGAGGAAGCCCGUCUCGCAAAGGAGAAGGAGGAGUCCGACAAGGCAGCCAAGGCCGACACAAAGAAGGCAAAGGAGGCAGCCAAGAACGCCGCAAAGAAGAACAAGCGUGUUGUUCGUGGUGCCGUCAAGGAUGGCAACUACUUUGCCGACGGCGAGGCCAGCCCUGCACAGAUCGACCAGGCCCUCAACGAUGUCGAUGCCAUGAUUGCCAAGCUCGAGGUCGACGACCUUGCCGUCUUUAAGAGCAAGCUCGAUGGCAAGACCGACGCAAAGGAGAUCAAGACUCUGUUCUCCGAGGAGGCGUCUCGCCUCGGCAUGACCGACCUCAAGUCUUUGGCUUAA